AUGUCGCUCAAGCCGCUCACACCACCGCUGCGCUUCUCUACGGUCGCCUUUGCGAUUACCGAUCAGCCACAACCGUGUUGGCAGCCUAGCGUGGCUGAAGAUGGUGCCAAUUUACGCUCGCAUCCGCACCAUCGUGAAUCGGUCUACCGAGGAGCCUAUCCGAAGGCGAGGAAUCUCUCCUUUCUCUCAAGAUUACACCUGCGAACCGUCCUCAGCCUCACCCCCAGACCGCUCGACAACGAUGCCAUUCUAUCGACAUGGUCUUCAUCUGCUGCAGACCCAUCCUCGUCCUCAGGGUCGCCAACCGUGGCGGAAAAGGCGGCAAAGCUCGACAUCCAGCUGCUCCACGUUCGCUGCGAGAAGCCCAAGGAUGAAAGCGGGGGUUUGACUCGUGAAGGCGCUGCGAGAGCGCUUUCUAUAUUGCUAGAUCGACGCAACCAUCCCAUUUAUAUCCAUUGCUUGGACGGCGUCGAAGUAACCAGCACGCUUGUCGCAUGUAUGCGCAAGGUGCAAGCAUGGUCCAACCCCGCCAUCCUCGCCGAGCUAGGACGAGCUCUGCGCGACUCGAACUCUUCCGAGUGGACGGAAGUUCCGUCUCACCUGUCCUCCUUUCUCGCCAAGUUUGGUCAGCCCGACGGCAUCCGAUUGCCGCCACGCAAUCACAUUCCGUCUUGGCUGUGGCCUGCGCCCAAUCCGCUGUCGAUGCUAGCGGAUCCGUACGCAUGGGCAGGCUCGGCCCAUCCGUCUUCUCACUUGGUUCCGAGUCACAAUCAUGGUCACGGUCAGAAUGGCACAAGCUCGUCCAGUACAUCUUCGAACGAUGCGUCCAUGUCUCGAACCGCUUCCCACGCGAACAACAACGGCUCAUCCGAAAGUCACAGCAGCGCUGCAAUGGCGACAACGUCGGCACAUUCAUCAAUGCAUUCGCAGUUGCGUCGCGAUCGACAUCUUCCAAUUCACCAUCCCACGCUCAAGCUCCACUUUGAGAACGACCCGGACCUGCCCCCAGAGCCUGUCGCUUCGCCGUUAUCCACUUCUGCGGCGUUGGCCUCGAUAUCGUCGGCACAACGACCCGCGACACCUUCACGCCUGCCGCAUCAUUCUUUGCUCGCCGCAUCCUUCCAAGCCAAUGGCAGCUUGCGCACGCCGCCUCACUCGCGACCUGCAAGUCGCGCUGGGCGAGCCUCUACAAGCAGCUCGCAUCACACCGCGAGUAGAUCCUUGUCCUUAGCGCCGGACGAGGCCUCGGCGCGCUCCUCCGCAAGCACUCCGCGAAAUUCUGUUUCAUCACUGAUCACACCUAGACCCGCAUCACCGAUUCAACAACUGCCGGCCAGUGCCAUCCCCUCUGUCGCAGCCUUUCUUGAAGAUCAAGUGCAUGAUCGGGACAACAUCUUGGAUGUAGAAUCUGCACUUCAUCAAGAUAAUCAAUCGCCGACCAGGCGAUCGCGCUCCGAGCCUAGCCCAGAGGUCAGCCUGGACCUGCCUUACACGAACAAUUCGCUUUCAAACCCAGUCCAAACUUCUGUCUCUGCCCAACCCGCCUCUACGAGCAUUACCUCACCCGUCGACGCAGACACGGACGAGAUCGACGUCAGCACGCCUCGAGCCAGGCCCACUACCUCGAGCAACUUCAACAUUGGCAUCGCCGGUACCAUCUUCCAUCACGACGAUGACAUCACUGACAACGAGGGCGAGACUGCACUGUCAGAUCGAGCAGCUCGCCUAAUGAACAACGCAAGGGUGGUAAUACCUUUGGAGCAGCGACGCAGACGGACCGUGCUGGACGAAGCUGAGGGAGAGCAGACUCCUACCAAGGCAAAUGCGUUAGCGCAGAGGCAGUCAUUGCACUCGAGCGGUCAAUUUACCGUAGGCGUAUCCUCGCUGGAACGGGCAACUGCUCUUGCCCAAAUGCAUCCUUCGAAGCGCGCGAACGAGCCGUCACGAGAUGUCACUUCGAGCUCCCGCAGUUCGUUCGACCAGCACGCGGUUGACGACAAGGCGGAAGAUAUUGUGCAGUCGCCAUCAACUUACGAGCCCGACGACGAGGACCGCGUCUCCGAUUCCGGCAAAAAAUCUGACGAGUAUCAAGAUGAAGAUAACAACGAAGCAAGCGACAGGGAUCAAGCUGAGGUAGAUCAAUCAGACAUAGAGAGCGAUGAAGAUGAAGAAGGGGAAGAGGAAGAGGAAGACGAGGACGAAGACGAAGAUGAGGAGGAAGACGAGGACGAAGACGAGGAAGAAGACGAGGACGAAGACGAGGAAGAAGACGAGGACGAAGACGAAGACGAUCUUGCACUGGAAGCGCUGGAUCUCGAAGGCUACUGA